GAAAGCUCUGCUUCAUAACACAGAAAAGGCCCAGACCAUUCGGUUAUCCUUUUUGUGUGAUAAGUUCAAAGCAAAACAAUGGGAAUCCUUCAGACUAUAUAUAUACACACACAAAGACACUGAAUCAAACCAUAGAAAUCCAUAAAGGGUAUUCGAAGAAGAACUCAGAAAUGGGGCUGCUGAAGAAUAGCAUGGUGGAAGCUCAUAGAAAAGGACCAGUUCAUGAUGAUGAUGAUGAUGAUCUUGUUCAUUCUUUCUCUUCUUCAUCUUCAUCUUCUGGGAUUUCAAGUGGGUCAUCAAUGGAGUCCGCCGAUUCCCUGGAAGAAGAAACAUCCAGUAAGUUCCUUCCCUCGUCAUCAAAUCAUCUGGUGGUAGCACAUGACUCCCUCAGCGACAUGUCCUCUCUGUUCCAGCAACUUCCCAUUAAGAUGGGGCUGUCAAGGCAUUACCAGGGGAAGUCGCGUUCGUUUACUUCAUUGGCGAGUGUGAGGGGGUUGGAGGAUCUGGGGAAGGAAGAAAAUGCAGAGAAGAAUAAGAAGAAGAAGUGUUGCAGAAGAAGCUAUGGAGAAGGAGGAUUGUGGAGAACCAAUGCAUUAUCAAGACAUAUUGGUAAGAGGGAAUGGAGCAGUUCAACAAGUAGGCCUCCAAUUCCUCCUCCUCCUAGAUCUACCAAUACACCCAUCAUUUCUAAUCAAACUCCUUUGUUUGCUUGAAUCACUGUUCUUUUAAGGCAGCUUCGAAUUUUCUUGCUUGGAUUUUGCAGAGAAAAUUUAUGUCAUUAUCGGAUUUCAAAACCUCCAUUUCUUAAUUAGAAAAAUUAGGAUUGGGUUUCUCUCUUCUUCUUGGAUGGUAUAUCUUGAGCAGCAAUUAGCGGCUGAAAUUUGUGUAUAUAUAUGUAAGCAUCUUAUGUUUCGUAUCCAUUACUGCUGGAUAGAAUCUGAGCAUUAUCUUGGACAUGCAAA